AUGUGUUGGGCAGCUGCAUGUGUCGAUAUCUCGCCACUGGCACUCCCAUCACCAGAACAUGAGCUCACAGAUCCCAUGCAUGGCGUGACUGCCUCCAUUCCUGGCUCUCACUCUCGCAGUUUACUCCUUCGCCAGCUCUUUCCUGGUGGGCUGGUGGAUAUUGCGAUUGAGCUGAGAGAACCACCAUAUACCCUCCCCACAGAUGAAGAAUGUGGAGGGAUAACGGGCACAUGA